AUGCCUUCUUCUCUGGACCUUUCAAGCUUCCUUGUCGUGUCGUGUGCGGGUGCGGGUGCUCGCCAUGGGUGCGUGAGUGUGAAGUGUGGGCGUGCAGUGUGUGUGCCUCGUCCAGUUUUCUUGCUCGACGCCAAGAUGCUGAGCAGUCAGACACCUUGGUCGAUUUCCCGUCAGAUCUGGGCCUCCCGCCGCCUUCAGCCCUAUGAGAUUCUUGAAGAGGUAAGGGCGGUCAAGGGCACGCGCGCAUAA